UUUUACUGCUCCGGGGCCAGCUGUUACCGAUCGAGCGUCUCCUCCCCGCUGGACAUGGGCCCAAGCGCUGCGUGUGCUGCACCUCCUUAGCGCUUCACCUCCUCGUGGCCACCUUGAAGAUGAGCCAACCUCCCCCAAGAAGCCCAAGAGUGUCCUGGAGCCAGAGCCCAGUGAUGUGGAAGGUGGAGCCAUCUCUCUCCUGCCUUCUGAGUGGACCUCAGUGAGGAUCAGCCCUGGGGAGGAUGCAGUUGGACAGGACAUGAUGGCGGUGUGUGUCCUGGUCAACAGUGAUGACAGCAGUUCUGAGGCAGAGUCAGACUACAGCGGCAGCGAGGCCUCCAGUGCAGAGCCCUGUGAGGAAAGAGCCCUGCGGCCAGAGCCCCCACCCCUCCCGGAGCCCUUCACCAGGCACAGCUCCCUGAGGGAGGCCCCGACCAGAGAAGUCUCUCCACAGUGCCCUGAGGAGCCCCAAGCUGUACAUGCUCUGCUCCGGGCCAAUAGCUUCCAGUCUGUAACUCCCAACAAAUACCAGAGCUGGAGAAGAAAAUUCCAGUCCAGUUCGAUGCCAGUGAACAACAAAAGAACUAUGUCACCUUCAGAGGCACCUGCUUCUCUUUCUUCUUCAUCAUUGUCUUCUCCUUCAUCUUCCCCGCCAUCUUUGUCUUCAGGCAGUGUCCCAGGGAAUGCUCUGGAUGGCUUCUCCCCAUCUCAGGUGGUAGCUUACAACCGGCCCUCGCAGGUCUCAAGAGGUCACUUCAGCCCUUCUACCCCAAUCUUUCUGAGGCGUGCCAGAGCCCAGGGAGCAUCCAAGGACAUGCGCCUGUGUCUGCCUCACGACCAAGUGCUGGAGCAGGUGGAGUACCCUGUGGUGAGGCCCCAGCUGCCCAGCCCUGCAGAAAUGGCUUCUGAUGGGUGUCAGGAAAUAGAGGCCCUCCUUGGGGGUGCCAGAAGCUUCCAUGGAGGCUUACACCACACUGGAGGGAAGGCCAGGUGCUUAGCAGACCAAGAGCUACCUCCCAGGGCUGGAGAGGACCCAGGAGGAAGGAACACUGGCCCCAGAAGGAGAGAGGAGGGUGGGUCAGAGCUGGCAGAGGGGAAGAGGCUGAACUUGAAGAAGUUAGUCCUCACCCCCGAGCAGAAGACAAAGCUGUUGGACUGGAAUGAUGCCCUCCCUGAGAGUGUGAGCCUGGAAGCCGGGGCACAACCUGCCCAGAAAGGUGCUGACGGUGGUCGAGGAGACCGUGUACUGAAACCAAUCAGCCCCUUGCUGCUCCCCCAGACAGCACGAAAGACCCCACCAGCCCAGGGAAAGGCUCAGGAGAAGAUGGGGACCCCAUCUGAACGGGCUCCAGGGGAGCAAAGCAUCCCUCCACCCAAGUCUCCACUUCGGCUCAUAGCAAAUGCCAUCAGAAGGUCCCUGGAGCCCCUCCUCUCCAACUCCACCAAGCCAGAGUCAAAGCCCUUGCCCACCAGCCAGACGCAUGCCUGCACUCGCUCGUUCAGCCUUCGCAAAGCCAGCUCCAGUAAAGACGGCAGCCAGCAGUCCCCAGGGAGAGACAUGGCACACAGGACCUCAGCCUUCUUUUCCCGGGGCUCCUCACCCUCCAGGGCUGCCCAGCCUUCACAGCCUAGCCUUCCUGACCCUGCCUUCCGCACCCACAGUUUGCCCAACCGGCCAUCCAAGAUGUUUCCUGCACUCAUGUCCGAAUCCUGCCACAAGAUGGAAGAUGUCCCCACACUCCUUGAGAAAGUGAGUUUGCAAGAGACCUUCCCAGAUGCUUCUAGGGGUCCAAAGAGAAGGAUCUCGCUCUUCUCCUCGCUCAGACUCAAAGACAAAUCUUUUGAGAAUUUCCUCCAAGAAUCCAAACAAAGAAAGGACCUCCAGAACCUCUUUAGCAUCUGCAGGGGCAAAGGGGAGCCCGUGGACAGUGCCCAGCCCCUGGAGAAGCUGGCACUGCCUUUCAGUAACACCUGCCUGGAGCAGAGGGUCCUUCCUCCUUCUCCAGACAAAGAUGCAAGUCCCAAACACGUCCCUAUCCGAGUGCAGAUGACAGGGGUCUCCUCUUCUACCUCUUCCACCAGCUCCUCCUCUGGAGAUGAAGAUUUUCAUCCCCAGCCUUCACUGCAGCCAAAGGAGAGGAAGACACUGAGAAGAAGGAAGCUGAAGAAUGCAAUAAAACAAUUAGUUAAGCAGGAAGAAUUGAAAAGACUUCAUAAAGCUCAGGCCAUCCAGAGGCAGCUGGAGGAGGUGGAGGAGCAGCAGAGGGCUUCCGAGAUCCAAGGCGUGAGGCUGGAGAAGGCGCUGCGAGGGGAAGCAGAUUCAGGCACACAGGAUGAAGCACAGCUUUUGCAGGAAUGGUUUAAGCUGGUUCUGGAGAAGAAUAAAUUAAUGCGAUAUGAGUCGGAGCUACUGAUCAUGGCCCAAGAAUUAGAAUUGGAAGAUCAUCAAAGCAGACUGGAACAGAAAUUAAGAGAAAAAAUGCUCAAGGAGGAGAGCCAGAAAGAUGAGAAUGAUCUGAACGAGGAGCAAGAAAUACUCAGAGAGAUGAUGCAAGUAAUUGAACAAAGGGACAGACUCGUGGACUCCUUAGAGGAGCAGCGCAUCAAAGAAAAGGCCGAAGACCAGCACUUUGAAAGCUUCCUAUUCUCCAGGAGCUGUGGGCUGAGCAGGACGUGAGCAGCCCAAGGCACUCCCCCUGGAUGCUGGCUGCAGGGCAGGCCAGGCACACUUCCCUCCCUUCGCAGGAUUUGCCAUACGUGGAACUUAAGUGACACCCUAUUGCGAUUUCUUCUUAAAAUUCUUCCAUAUGGAAUACAGCUGCCCGAGACCCUUCCAGAGAUUAUAAUGAAAACUACACAAAGAUGGUUUGGGAAUUGGCAGUCACUUUGGUAGGUCUCACAUUGGAGGUGACCUUGGCAGAUGACCAGCAUUGUUUUCCCUGGAAAGUGACACAGGGAUCGAC